AUGUCGGGUUAUACACAGAACGAGCGUGGCCAGGGCAUGUCUCACGCCACAGCCCCUUCCAAACUCUCUGAAGGUGUUCAGCGACGAAUGCCCAAGGGACUCGAACAUGCUCUUCCUGAAUCUAUUCACCCCACUGAGUCUACGCCUGGCUCAUCCGGUGGCAUCUCAUAUGCAAAGGGCGGCGAUGCAUCCUUAUUGCCACAAAAAGUCCAGGAAAGUUUGCCUGAAGGAGUGAAGAGAGCCAUCCCCAAUGCUAUCCAUGACACUGGAGAUAAAGGGGAUAAAUGA